ACCCAUCAUGUCAUCAGUCUUAUCUAUUUUCAUGUGCUUCCAUCCUUCUUUUGUAUUUUGGCCUGCCUGGUGUCUCGCAAUUUAAAGGUUAGACGCUAGGACACUCCACUGCGCUAAUAACAAAUGAAGGGGAAAGGGCUUAUAGGCGCAAAAAGCCAAAUCACCUUUCUUGUUUCUACCAAAGCUCAAUAAUGUAAUCCGAAAACUUCUCCCAGAACCGCACGUCUCUAUCGCUUUCUCUCCUUUCUACUCCAUUUAUACUUUCAGCUCCAUCUCUUCCCUUCCCUCCGCCUUCUAACCACUGCCACGCUGCCAGAGAUCACUGACUGGCUGCUCAGAACUUCUCGAUUGAAGGUGAGAAAAGAAAAUCCCUUUGAUUGAUCGCUGAUCUUUUGUGCUCGAUCCUUUUCGAGCUGGGUCUGGUCGAAAGUUCGGGUCUUUGAGUUUCGUUUUCCAUUUAUCGAGCCAAUUCAUGAACUGGGUUCCGUUUGUUUGUAGACACUGGAAAUGGGGUUCGAGAAGAAAGAGUAUGAAUUUCUAGAGGAGAUCGGGUUGAGCUCGAAGAAUGUUGGCUGUUACGUUAAUGGAAAGUGGAAGGCAAAUGGACCUGUGAUCACCACUACGAACCCUGCAAAUAACCAGCCUAUUGCUGAAGUAGUGGAGGCUUCGUUGCAAGACUAUGAGGAAGCGUUGCGAGCUUGCAGUGAAGCAACUAAGACAUGGAUGCAGGUUCCUGCGCCCAAGAGAGGUGAGAUUGUUAGACAGAUUGGGGAUGCACUGAGAGCCAAGCUUCAGCAGCUCGGUCGUCUUGUUUCUCUUGAGAUGGGAAAGAUACUACCAGAAGGAAUUGGAGAAGUUCAAGAAAUUGUCGACAUGUGUGAUUUUGCUGUGGGGCUAAGCAGGCAACUGAAUGGAUCAGUAAUCCCUUCAGAGCGUCCUAACCACGUCAUGUUGGAGAUGUGGAACCCACUUGGAAUAGUUGGUGUCAUCACUGCUUUCAACUUCCCGUCUGCUGUUCUUGGAUGGAAUGCUUGCCUUGCUCUAGUCUGUGGUAACUGUGUUGUAUGGAAAGGUGCGCCAACUACACCUUUGGUCACCAUUGCACUGACGAAGCUUAUAGCCGAGGUGUUAGAGAAGAACGAGUUACCUGGUGCAAUAUUUACGUCCUUGUGUGGUGGUGCUGAAAUCGGACAAGCAAUAGCAAAAGACACUCGCAUUCCUUUGGUAUCUUUCACCGGGAGUUCAAAGGUUGGCCAAAUAGUGCAACAGACGGUGAGUCAGAGGUUUGGCAAAUGCUUGCUCGAAUUGAGUGGUAACAAUGCCAUUAUCAUCAUGGAUGAUGCAGACAUCCAGCUGGCAGUCCGUUCUGUGCUCUUUGCCGCAGUUGGAACAGCUGGUCAGCGGUGCACAACAUGCCGUCGACUGCUUCUUCAUGAAAGCAUCUACAAGAAAGUACUUGAUCAGCUAGUUGAAUCGUACAAGCAAGUUAAGAUCGGUGAUCCGUUGCAGAAAGGUAUCUUGCUUGGACCACUGCAUACUCCCGAAUCACAGAAGAACUUCGAGAGGGGAAUGGAGCUCAUCAAGUCUCAGGGAGGGAAUAUUCUAACAGGAGGAUCAAUCAUAAAAUCCGAUGGGAAUUUCGUGCAACCCACGAUCGUCGAGGUUGCUCCAACAGUACUUGCAGUUAAAGAAGAGUUAUUUGCCCCAGUUCUCUAUGUCAUGAAAUUUAAGACUUUGGAAGAGGCUAUUGAAAUAAAUAACUCUGUGUCUCAAGGAUUGAGUAGUUCCAUCUUUACCCAGAAACCACAAACAAUCUUCAAAUGGCUUGGCCCACUGGGGAGCGACUGCGGCAUUGUGAAUGUGAACAUACCCACAAAUGGUGCAGAAAUUGGCGGCGCAUUUGGUGGCGAAAAAGCCACCGGAGGCGGGCGUGAAGCUGGAAGCGAUUCGUGGAAGCAGUACAUGCGGCGAUCAACUUGCACUAUCAAUUAUGGAAGCGAAUUGCCUCUGGCUCAAGGAAUCAAUUUCGGCUAAUCGGCAUAUGAUUCUGUUCUGCACCUGUUAUGAUGGCACCCCAGUCCAGCCUGGUUGAUCUGAACCUGUCUAGAACAGAUACUUGUGCUGCAGAACUUUGAUCAGAGUGGAUUUCCCCUGCAAACAAAAUGGUAUCAUGUUGUGAGAAUAAGAGAUGUAUAUGCUCAAUUAUAUAGAUAUUGUCAUUCCCUUUAAUGUAAGCUAUGGAGCUGGUCUUUUUGCAAGACCAUAUUGGACAUGGAAUGUUAUAAGAUUUCUAAAAGGGGUUGGUCAAGACUAUAUUUCAUCUCCAUUUCCCUAAUGCCUAUCGAGAUAUUAAAGUCUAUAACACCUUUUUGCUUGCCUUUGAGUACUCUCCAAUCUUUUGUGACACUAACCAUGUAAGCUGAAUAUGAAGACUGGAUCCAGGCAUGGUUUGCUUCUUCUUUGGCCAUUUUCCUCGAGGAAUCACAUAGAAAGGGAAGAGGGUUGAAUCCAAAUGUAAUGAGAAUUAAACAAAGAAGAAGAGUUAGAAUAUCAUUAUGACAUCAAAUGAAGUUCCAAAGGUAUAUUGCAAAGGAAGGGCCAAGUAAGCAAUAAGUGCUCUUUUCCAAUUAGCACAACACCAAAGCUUAAUUAAUAAAUAAUUACAUCCCCAUGUAUGUUAAUUAACUACUCUAUCUCCCUGCUUUCCUGAAAGUUCUAAGAAUAAUACCAAGCAAGGGUAGGGCCAUUAUCAUUGUUCUGAAGCUAACUAGUCAACAAAAGACCAACUUAAUUAUUAAAAAAAAGGGGGUGAUUGUUGUGAUUGACAUCACCUAAUUCAUUGGAUUGGCAGGUUUCACCUGUCUACUAAAUCAAUGCAUACAUUACUUUUCCCCUGCCUACUUGGGUUCAAUCAUUGAGCUUAAUUAAAGGAAAAAACAGAAGAAGAAGAGCUAGCAAGAUUCAUGUGGGUGGGUUGGGUAGCACUUGACCAAACCGCCCCUUCUAGUUAAGUAGUGGGGUCAGGGGUGGGUUAGUUGCGUUUGAUGGUUGGUUAAAUGUGAAAGCUUUGUUCUCAUUUAAUCGAGUUCCAUUUUAUAAGCUGUAUCUAUAUUUUAGACCAAUUGCUUUGCUCCACUUGCUAUUCGUAAUUAGGUCAAAUCCCUCUGUUAUAGAGUCAUAUUUCACGAUAUCACUAUAUGAAAAAUCAUAGUCAGAGAAUAGAAAUUUCUAUAUGGUAACGUCACACCGCGAUUGGAAAUUCUUUGAAUGCAUAGUUAGGAAUGAGAGAUCAUACUACAAUAUAUAACCGAAGAGUCCACCCAACAUGUGAUGUCCCACUUAUAACUAACCCUCCUUUUUUUUUUACAAAAGAUAAUCAUAUAUAGAUUCAAGAUAGGCACCAUUACAUCCGGGAAAACAACCAGACCUGAAAAUUAAACGAGCGACACGUAGACGGGUACAAAGCAAGGGCCUUUCUAGCCACCGAGUUCUUGUGACGGUGUGGAAGUAGGAGGUGUUUUUAUCACCUUUCUUCAGCCAAUGAACCCUCGAUUUUUGUUGCCAGUACACCUCCUCUGCUUCCCAUUGGCGAGUCAGUUCCGUUUCUAGGAUCUUGACCUCCUCCCAAUUGAUGGGGUGAUGGGAUUUGAUAUGUUUAAUCUCAACUUGGAGUGUCUUGAUAUUGCGAAGCGAGCUGGUAGUCCCAGCCCUACUCCAAUCGUAGAGAAGAUGUCUCAAAUUCUUAAGGUUCUCCCAGAGUUGAUACAUCGGGGUCCCAGAGAUUUGUUCUUGCCAUACAUACCUGACCAUUGCCCUACGGAUUGUCCGCCCAUCGGGCAUCAAACCUGAAAAGGGGCCGACUUUGUCGAACAAAGGGUUUGUCCGCAAGGAGCAGUGCCCGAUGAUCCGAACCAAGGUCUGUGCAAUGCUUGACAAGAGUAUCUGGGAAGUGAUCAACCCACCUUAUUAUAUGUUUUCAUCAAUAUUGACUAACCCACUCUCUUAUAUAUUCCUGAGAUUGCGUUCAGAUUUACAACAGUUUUCCUUUUUCUCGAAUUGUUAACUAUUUGUACACAUGGUCGUAUUGACAUCCUUCCCCCUAUAGCAUCACAUUGCACGCUAUUGCAUCACAUGUCCUCACCAAGACGAGUUCGGAUGAGAGAACUCUAUAGUGUGUUUGGUGUAGAUCUCUGAUCAUGUGGGCGCUCUUGAUGAUCAGUUUCUGGAAAGGAAGAUCUCAGAUGCAGUCAAGUAAUGAAGUGACAACAUUUAAUACAUGUAUUGCAGUACCAAAAUCGAGUCAAAGAAAGGUGGGAAGAGACCAAAAAAUUGAUGAAUAUACAGAUGGAGCUAGCUAGGGCAUUCAUUUCCCAUUAGUACAUAGUAUAGUAGUAUGCAGAUGUGGGGCAACUUGGUAGAAAAAUCCAUGCACGUAUUAUUGUUCUGUCCCUUUCACAUUUCUUCAUGCAUUAAAUCGGAGCAACAUACACUUGGUCAUGUUAUAAAUUGUUUGGACUUCCACUAGCUGAUUCAAUCAAUAUCAACUUUUGAAACAUAAAAACACUUCUAAAAAUCAUACUAAAAAGAGUCUACAUAUAUAAAACACUCGAAGAAUACCCAAAUCGAAUGGAACCAACAACAAAAUUAGAUAAAAAAGAAGUGAAAUGAUGUGAAAAAUAUAACCUAUCAUUUAGGAGAUAAGAUGGGAUAAGCAUCACAUGAUUUCACACCCACGAAACCUUUUCUUCCUCUUGUUUCCAUCUCAAAUCUUUGGAUGAGCAUGCUUGAGCUAGCUAAUCCAUUUCUUGUCCUUUAGCACACUAGCUGCUAGACAAACUACUUAAACAUCUGAAUGUCUCAUCAGUACUAUCAAUUCAUCAUGAUAAUUAAUCAUCAUCCUUGUACCUCUGAAAUUGCUUUACUUCUUGGUGGUGCUCACGAUGAUCAGGCGCCGUUUUUUGACCAUUCAUCAUCAGAAGCAUAAAAUAUGUAGGGUGUACUUCGAUUUGGAAAUGAUUAUGAAUGUAUUUUUGUUUAAUUGUGUGUUGUUAACUUGUAAUAUGAAGUGUAUUUGAAAAAAUAUUGUUACUAAAGAAAGGGGAGACUUAUUU